AUGAGAAACCGUGUCUAUGUCGCAUUAUUAUGUAAUCUCCUUCUUAGCUCACUUGAUAAAACACCCUAUUAUUUGAGUGAUAUCAAAAAAAAAGAAUCUUUCGAAUUUAUACUUCGCAUGAAGGAAAAAUUAAACCAAAUUAGUAAAAUGUCUGAACAGCAAUAUGCACAAGCCGACAAAGGGUAUGAUGAAGUUAAGACAUGCAUUGCUCGUAUUGCAAAAUUAAAGGAUGAAAAUAGUGUGGGGGACGUAAUCAAACAACCAAACGAUAAAAGUGGACAAGUGCAAAAUGUGACACUUUAUAUAUAUAAAAAGGAAGCACAGAAGGUGCUGAGAACGGGAAAUAAAAUUGAAAAUUCUAAAAUUAUCAGGGAAUCGAACAAAAUUGGACUGUUCUAUAAAAAUAUGAAAGACGCCUACCAGAGUGUCCUUUCCAUAUUUAAAUACUCUCAUGAUAUAGACGAAAAACAAAGAGAAAGCAGAAAAAUAUCCGAAAAUGCAAAUGGUUCAUAUCUUAAUAAUAUGGCAUUGGAUGAAUUCAAAGGAAGACUGAACAAUGUAAAAAGUAAACAAAUAGCCAUUACAAUCGAAAUUGAUAACGCUGCUACGCUGCUGCAGAGUUUGAACAAAAUUAAAAGCGACAAUAAGAAUUACGAUAGAAUUUUAGAAGAAGCUGUUUCUCAAUAA